UUUAUUUCUAAUAUUUAUAAUUUAAAUACAUUUAAUAAUAGUUAACAAGAUAUAGGUAAUUCUGACCUCGCACCGAUAGAUCUGAUUAGAAUACAUCACAUCCGGUCGGGCGUUCGCCCACGGUCUAAUCGUGGAAGUGUAAAUAUUUGUACGCAUCCGAGACUCAAUUUGGAUCUGAAAUUCCACAUGCGUAUGUGAUCGAAUCUCCACGCGGCUCCCGCACUACUUUCUAGCCGAAAACCUGUAUUUAGCGUCUUCACCUGAAAAUGUAUUAAUUUAUGAUGCACGGUCUGUGCCGCUAGAGGAGGCGGCCUCAAACUGCGCCUCGGCCGGAAAAGCCGCGGUGAAGGGCUGAGCCGCGGCGGGAAGUGAGAGAGGCCUGCUGCUGCUGCAGUAGGAACUGAGGAGCGGGCUGGUUGGGUGCCUGCUGGAGCUGCGAUUCCAGCGCUCAAAGAGAGCCCGGUCUUGAUCGGAUCGAGCGUGGUGUCGAGCGAGGUAAGCUCGGCUUGCACGGUCUAUUGGCCACGACGUGUGGCUUGGCGAGAAGAGCAACUGUCGCGAUGACGUUUGAUGGUGCUCAACUGCCGUGUUUAAUGAUCAUGGGUGUCAGAAAAAGUAGCAUUUCUGAAAAAAUCCCCGGUAUGGAUCUCCUUGCUGGAAGGAAAAUCGGGUCUGUGAUGAGAAGACAGACAGCGCGAACCGGGAUGCUGAAAACGGUCAAUGAACAGAGAUAGGUUCUGCUGUCAUUUAUACCUUGUCAUGAGUUGAUUACUGAUUGGUCUCCACUUGUGUUAAUCAGGUUAAUGAACUGCGACUGUUCCUCCCGAACUUUGUUAUAAAACAGCAUAUAGUGAGGCAGUUCAUUGACUUCCCAACUGACCUUCAAACUAUACGGAAAAAGCAAGCAGAUUUUAUGAGGAUGGCAGGUUUCCCUGGAGUUGUUGGAACCAUCGAUGGCACCCAUGUACGCAUCAUUGCCUCCUCAACUGUAAAUGAGGGGACAUACAUCAAUCGAAAGGGAAUCCACAGCAUCAAUGUUCAAGUUGUAUUUGAUCCCAAUUACAAGAUCCUCGAUCUUGUCCCAAAAUGGCCAGGGUCAACACAUGAUGCUCGGGUUCUUUCCCAGAGUGGCCUCACUGGUUUAUUCAAAGAAAAUUAUGUUCACCCUGGAUGUCAUCUGCUGGGAGACUCGGGUUACCCUUUAAAACACUGGCUUCUCACCCCUUACAGAAGACCUCAAGGAGAACAGCAGCUCAAUUGUAACAGAGCACACAAAGUAACAAGAGCUGUGGUGGAGAGCGUAAUUGGACAGCUGAAAAGAAGACUCCAUGUCCUUCAUGGAGAGAUUCGACAUUCACCUGAGCGUGCUUGUCGCAUUAUUAUGGCUUGUGGCAUUUUGCACUAUAUUUUCAAAGCUCGUGACCUCCUAUUGCUUGAUGAUGAUGAUGAAAAGGACGAUGGUGAUGAUAACAGUGAUGAAUGAUGAUGACGAUACCACUGAACACACAUUACAAAGCAUUUCGGGGAGAGCCUCACUAAAGGACUGCUUUGCUAACUCACAUUUUGGGUAAGGGAUUGGCGUUCCAAGUAUCUCCUCUACUAUGUUGCCAAUCUCAGACAGGUUUACAUGGAGGUCCCCCACCUGCUUGACAAGAACUCAGCUGCUGACCACAUGGAGACAAUCAUUUAACAUAAAAUGGUUUAAUAAGCUAAAAUAAAAUGUACCAGUUGCUCGCAUGCUUUCUUUAUAGGCUGCAAUUUCCUUGUGUGUUGUUGCAAACACAUUGUAUCCCCUUUUCUCACAAACCUCUGCUGAACGUCUUGUCCGAGGAAAUACUGCAUUUACUGUCAGAACAAUCUGAUGACAUGCAGGGUUUUUUUUCCCCUUCCUUGUUAAAGACGGAAUUAAUUUUCCUCUUAUCACAUCCUUCCAUUUAAGGACCGACUUCACUAGAAAAUUUUCUUCCUUGGACCAGUUUGGUUUUCUUUUUGUAUCAAUUUUUUUUCCAAUUUGCAACUUUUAUCUUUCCUUUAUAUACGGCUGUGAGUGCAAUUUUGAAUUAUGUGAUUCUUCAGCUUAAUAACUUAAAUAGCAUCACAUUUGUCCAUUUAAUUAAUGUGUUGAAACUCAAUUAGAAUUGUGUGAAAUAAAUGCAUGUACUUAUUUGUAAUUUUUUUUUUUUUUUUGCACAAAGCAAAACCUUGCAGCUGUGACCUCACCCUUGCAGGCUCACUAUUGGCUGAUUCAGAGGUUCACGGUGGCCAUUUUGGGUUCACAUCAUUGUAGUCCUUAAUUCACAGCACUUAAGUCCCACUUCAGUCAGCACUUAAGAAUCAGUCUUAUACUUUACUGAAAGUUGCUUUUAGCUGCUUUAUAAAAGUCUCCUACUCUUAGAAAAGUCCUAUUCUUUACUAAGUAUUUUUUGAGUUUUUAUAUUUCAGCCAACAUUUAAUACACAUCUCCUAAAAUGUAUACUUUUUUUCCAAUACAUUUCCUGUAAGUAUAUUUGUUACUACAAAAUAGUCAGAAGAACACAGACUGCAGGAAUUAAACAGGUUUGACGAAUCAGUGGUCUGGCGUUUGGAAGUUAAACACUUUUGUCAUGUGAAAACAACCACGGAUGAUUUAAUUUCCCACUCAAGUCGAGUCUGAGCUGUGUGAUAUACAGCAUCGUCUGUGAUAAUAUGGUAAGAGCUGUUACGACCUAUGGUAAAAGAUUAGCUGUCAAGAGAAAGGCACUUUCACUUUAGAAAAUCAGUUAGCUUUGAAUAAACUCCAAAAUAAACUUGACAAAAUAUAUGAAGAAAAAGCCAAGGGAGCCUUUAUCAGAUCAAGAAAACAGUGGUUAGAAACAGGAGAAAA